UGCAAGAACCCUGCUUCAGCCUCACUGGCCAAGAUUUUUCCUUACUACUCAAGUCCAAUCUUCCAAGCUAAAAAAUAAAAAGCAACCCCAAAAACAAGAAAUCAAAGCUUUCAAAUUUCCUUCACACUGUAGCAGUGCAAGAAUGGCAUCUCACGAUCAGUCUUUCAGAGCUGGUGAGGCCACUGGCCGAGCUGAGGAGAAGGGUGACCGGGUGACCGAUACUGCGAAGGAGAAGGGCAGAGACGUGAAAGACAGGACCUACCAGACAGCCCAACAGGCCAAGCAGAAGACAGCAGAGACCGCCGAGGCAACCGAGGAGAAGGUUUAUGAAGGGAAGGAGAAGACCAAGGGGGUCUUCCAGCAGACUGGGGAGAAAGUGAAGCAAGUUGCUCAAAGUGCUGCUGAUACUGUGAAGAGUACUCUUGGGAUGGAUCAAAAUCGUGAUGAUGAGAAUAAGACCCAUACUGGUUAUGAGCACACUACAACUUACAGAGAUUAGCUAGGUAGCUAGUCGCCUGAACCAAUGGAAGGUUUCAGCUAGUUUCGUAGGAGACUCUAUUUUGUUGUUGUUUUCAGUGUCGUGUCUUUUUUGUCCUGUCACCACCAUGGCUAUGGUACUGGUGUGUUCUUGGACUUUUCAAAGAUGAUGCUUUUAACAUCUUCUAGGGGAAGUCCAAAAAUAAAAAGGAUCUAGUGUUCGAGGCAGCUUGUUAUUGAGCACUGCCAUUGUAAUUCUAUAUAUGCAACUUUGUUAUGCAAUUAAUAAGUGCUUAUUAUUAAAAAAUAAAAAAAAAUUCCCUUCUCUUUGA